CGUGUCCAGCUGACAGUCACUAUGAGUUGUGUGCCGACACCUGUUCUUCUACCUGUGACUCUCUGAGUGAGUCUCCAAAAUGCCCACUAUGCCAGGAGGGCUGCCAGUGUGACAACGGAUUUGUGUUUGAUGGUGGCAAGUGUGUCCUACUGGAGAACUGUGGCUGUGUGGUUGAUGGACACUAUUACAAGUCUGGCCAGUCUGUGGUCCUGGGCAACUGUUCUGAGACCUGCAGCUGUGCCGCAGGAGUGUUCACCUGCAAGAACUCCCAGUGCAAAGAAGGCCAGAAAUGUGGGAUAAAGAAUGGAGUCAUGGACUGCUACAGCACAGACCCCUGUGAGGACACUGAGUGCCGAGAGAAAGAAAACUGUGUGGUGAUGAACAAUAAGGCGGUAUGUGUGGCCCAGUCCAAGGCCACCUGCAGGGCUGUGGGUGACCCCCACUACCUCACCUUUGAUGGGGAGCGGUUUGACUUCCAGGGCACCUGCUCUUACGUCAUGGCCACGGUUGUUAAAUCUGAACCUGGUCUCACCCCGUUCACUGUCCUGACCAAGAACAACCACAGAGGGAACAAGAGGGUGUCUUUCGUGAGGAAAGUCUCAGUCACGGUCUAUGGGCUGACUGUUGUGAUCAGCACGCAUAAAGGGAAGGUUGAGGUGAAUGGUGAGAAUGUCUACCUGCCUGUGACCCUAGCCRGGGGAAACCUAACGGUGGUGUAUAGUGGCAGCUAUGCUGUUCUGAAGACAAACUUUGGCCUGAAGGUUAUGUACGACUGGAACAUGGAGUUCUACAUCACUGUCCCCAGCAGCUACUUCCGCACCCUGGGUGGGCUCUGUGGGAACUACAACGGGGAUCACAACGACGAGUUCACUAACCCCAAAGGUAACAAGGAACCCACAGUGGUGAAGUUUGCCCAGAGCUGGAGAACUGAAGAUGGCGACUUGUUCUGUCAUGAUGACUGCCAAGGAGAAUGUCCUAGCUGCACUCCGACUCUCCAACAGAAAUACAAGGGAGAGAAGUUAUGUGGUCUCUUGGCCAAAAAAGAUGGCCCAUUUGCAAGCUGCCACAAGGUCCUGGACCCAGGCGUGUUCAUGGACAACUGUGUGUAUGACGUCUGCAUCAAUAAAGGCAUCUACCAGUUCCUCUGUGAGAACAUCAAAAGCUACAAUGAUGCCUGCUUGGCUGAGGGGGUCAAAAUWAGCCCUGAGUGGAGGACAAUCACUGGAUGCCCACUGGAAUGUCCGUCAAACAGCUAYUACGAGGCGUGUGGCACAGCUUGCCCUGCCUCUUGUUCAGAUCUAUAUGCCGAAGCAAAGUGCAAGGAAUCCUGUGUGGAGACCUGUCAAUGCAACAAGGGCUUUGUCCUCAGUGGUGACAAAUGCAUCUCCAAGGAGAGCUGUGGCUGCUCUUAUGAAGGACGAUACUACCCGUCUGGAAUGAAGUUCUGGGAAGAUGACAAAUGCACAAAGCAGUGUGAAUGCAAUCCAGGAACAGCCAAGGUUGAAUGCAAGGCAACAGCAUGCAAGAAAUCAGAGGUGUGUGGCCUGCAGAGUGGUAAGAGAGAUUGCUACCCAACAUCGUAUGCCACCUGCCAAGGUUCAGGCGACCCCCACUACCGCACGUUUGAUGGCAAGAGGUUUGACUUCCAGGGAACGUGUACUUACGUUCUCUCCAAAUUGGUCAGCAAAGACGACAGAUCUCUGACACAUUUUGAGGUGCUUGUAAAGAAUCAGAAUAGGGGGAGGAACACGGCAGUGUCUUACACAAAGACAGUCACCAUCACUGUCUUCAAAAACAUCAUCAYCAUGAGUAGGGACAACCCUGGCAAAGUAUUGGUCAACAACCAGUAUGUGAACUUGCCAUUUGAUGUAGAAGAUGGUCAACUGUCCAUCUUCCGCAGUGGGUAUUUCGGGGUGGUGAAGACCAAAUUUGGCCUGACACUGAAGUUCAACUGGAACAGCCACGUCUCCCUAACCCUCCCCAGCUCCUACUCAGACCUCAUCGGAGGGCUCUGCGGAAACUGGAAUGGCCAACGGAACGACAAUCUCCUCAAACCRGACAAGAGCCCUGCUAACACCCCGACAGUAUUCGGGGACAGCUGGAAAGUGGGGAACGACCCUGGCUGCUCCAGCGACUGCGACGGCAAGAAGUGCCCCACCUGUGACCACAGCCUGAUGCUUGAUUACCAAACAGGGAAAUAUUGCGGCAGGAUCACAGACAAAAACGGUCCGUUCAAGCACUGCCACGCCAAGGUGGACCCCAGAGAGUACUAUGAGGACUGUGUGUUUGAUAUGUGUCUGUACCGUGGCCAUGCCUCUGCCCUCUGUAACGCCCUCAGCACCUACACCAYUGCMUGCCAGGAUGCCCCUGCCAAGGUGGAACAGUGGAGGUCGGACAGCUUCUGUCCAUCUUCCUGUAAGGCCAACAGCCACUAUGAGGUGUGUGCCUCAGGCUGCCCCCAGACCUGCAGCGGCCUCGAUGAGCCUGAGAGCUGUGAGAACUCCCUGUGCACUGAGGGAUGUGUCUGUGACGAAGGGUUCAUACUGAGCGACAGCGAGUGUGUGCUGCUGGCUGAAUGUGGCUGCGUUCACCAAGGCCAGUACUACCAGAUGGGCCAGGUGUUCUUCCCCAACGGCCAGUGCAAAGAGCGCUGUGUGUGUAACAAGAAUGGAGAUGUGGAGUGUAAUGUAAAAUUUGCCUGCGGUCCCAAUGAGAAGUGCCAGGUCCAAGACGGGGUGCAGGCCUGUGUACCCAUUAGCACGGGCACCUGCCAUGUGAGCGGGGCCAGGAGAUUCCACUCGUUCGAUGGCAGCUGCUUCAGCCUACACGGGGACUGUGUGUACAAAAUGUCGGAGGUUGUGGAGAAAGACGGAUCGAUGGCUCCAUUUGUUGUGUCAGUGCAGCAGUUGACCAAGAUGGAUGAUGCAAUGGUCACCAGGAGGGUUGACAUACAGGCCUACAAAUACAAGAUAUCUAUGUCUCCCAGAGUUAUAUGGGAAAUAAUGGUGGAUGACGUUACAGCAAAUCUCCCACUGUCACUCGGAGAUGGAAAGGUCAGGGCCUACCAGAACGGCAUUAACAUUGUCGUGKUAACAGACUUUGGCUUGAUGGUGACCUACGACACAGUUGCUGGCGCCAUCAUACAUCUUCCAUCCACUUACAAAGGUGUUACCGGUGGUCUCUGUGGCAACUAUAAUGACAAGAAGGAGGAUGACUUCCUGCUGCCCAGUGGGCUGCAGGARCCGUCUGUGRWGAAGUUUGCAGCARGGUGGUUGGUGGUUCAGGAAGGGGUCAAAUGUCAGACAGGAUGUGAYGGUGGCUUGAAGUGUCCUCCCACCAGUGGACCCCCACCGGCUUGUAGCAUCAUAAAGUCAACCAAGGGUCCAUUUGCCCAAUGCCAUGCUGUGGUGCCACCACAAGAGCACUUUGAGGAGUGCAUGAAGGAGGGAGAGGGUGGGGAUGCCCUGUGCCGCCACUUACAGACAUAUGUGACUUUCUGUCAGGMAUCYGGUGGMCUUGUCAGCAGCUGGAGAWCYGACCAGUUUUGUCCUCUGACGUGUCCAGCURACAGUCACUAUGAGUUGUGUGCCGACACCUGUUCUUCUACCUGUGACUCUCUGAGUGAGUCUCCAAAAUGCCCACUAUGCCAGGAGGGCUGCCAGUGUGACAACGGAUUUGUGUUUGAUGGUGGCAAGUGUGUCCUACUGGAGAACUGUGGCUGUGUGGUUGAUGGACACUAUUACAAGUCUGGCCAGUCUGUGGUCCUGGGCAACUGUUCUGAGACCUGCAGCUGUGCCGCAGGAGUGUUCACCUGCAAGAACUCCCAGUGCAAAGAGGGCCAGAAAUGUGGGAUGAAGAAUGGAGUCAUGGACUGCUACAGCACAGACCCCUGUGAGGACACUGAGUGCCGUGAGAAAGAAAACUGUGUGGUGAUGAACAAUAAGGCGGUAUGUGUGGCCCAGUCCAAGGCCUACUGCUGGUUGUUCGGUGACCCUCACUACAGCACGUUCGAUGGCCAGCCCUUCUCCUUCAUGGGUACCUGCUCCUACAUUCUGGUGAAUACGACGGGCAAAGAUCCCUCCCUGCCUCAGUUCAGCAUCCAGACUAAGAACGAGCUGCGAGUCAACUCCAAAGGCUCCUUCCUCAAAUCAGCCAACAUAGACCUGAGUGGUCACAGGAUCACCAUUCUCACUGGCCAAAGAGGGACAGUGGAGAUUGAUGGCAUUAGGUCUGACCUCCCUGUGAGUUUGGAGUCUGGCAACAUCCAAAUCACAGAGUCUGGUUUCCAAGGGACCAUCCAGACAGAUGUUGGCCUGAAGAUCACUUUUGACUGGACCGCCUUCUUCAUGGUGACCAUCAGCAGCAGUUACUACGACAACCUCGGUGGCAUUUGUGGCAACUACAAUGGUAACAAAACAGAUGACUUCACCACUCCCACAGGUGUGCUUUCGGCAAAUACCACGGCGUGGGUGGCAUCCUGGAGCAUUGCUGACGGUGAUCCAUUCUGCUGGCAUGUCUGUAACGGCAACUGCCCCACGUGCUCAGAUGCAGACCGGGCACUUUACACUGGACCACAGUACUGUGGUCUGAUGACAGACGGAGGGGGCCCAUUUCACCAGUGUCAUAAGAAAGUGCCGGUGAAGAAGUUUGCCUCAGACUGCCUCUAUGAUGUGUGUCUGAAUGAGGGUCGUCAGGAGGUGUUGUGUGAGGCCUUGGCUAACUACGUGGCCGAAUGUCAGCAGGCUGGGGUUGUAGUCUCACCGCUGUGGAGAAAGGCCUCCAACUGCCCCCUGGCUUGCCCAUACCACAGCCACUAUGAGCUAUGUGGCACUGCCUGCCCUGCUACCUGUUGCCAUUCCCAAUGUCCCCGAGAUCUGUUCCAAAGUCUGUGUGGAGGGCUGCCAGUGCGAUAAGGGUUACGUGCUCAGUGGUGAACACUGUGUCGUCAAGGAGUCAGGGUGUGGCUGUACACACAAUGACCACUACUACCUGCCUGAAGAAACCUUCUGGGAGGGCAAUACAUGUCAGAGUAAGUGUUUGUGCAACGGAGCCACACAGAAGUUGGUGUGUAUGCCUAGGAAGUGCAAGGCUAGUGAGCACUGUGCAGUGGUCAACGGGGUUCAGGACUGCUACCCCCUCAGCUUCAAGACCUGCUCAGCACAGGGGGACCCCCACUUCCGCACCUGUAUAUGGAAGCGCUUCGACUUCCAGGGAAACUGUAUCUACAAGCUGGCGGGGGUCUGCUCCAAAGAUCCCGAUCUGGAGAGCUUUGAGGUGACUCUGGAGAACAACAACAGGGGCAGCACCAAAGUCUCUUACGCCAAGGUGGUGACUGUCAUUGUGUUGGGAAGUAGUUACACCAUCACAGGUGAUUAUCACGGCAAAGUUCUGGUGAACGAUGUCCUGACGUCUCUGCCAUACUACUCCAACAACACUGAGGUUCAGAUCUACAGAAACAGACGUUUUGCUGUGCUGGAGACUUAUUUCGGUCUCAAGGUCUCCUUCGACUGGUCCAGCGAGUGAGGGUGAAGGUCCCGAGCACCUACCACAACGCCAUCUGUGGUCUCUGUGGUAACCUCAAUGACAACCCUGAUGACGACCUGCUUCUGCCCAAUGGGAAAAAGCCCAUGAGUCCCAAGGAGUUUGGAAACAGUUACUGGUAGCUGACGUCCGGGCUGCUCCCACGAGUGCAAAGAUUGUGCCGUUGUAGACAUCCCCCUUAUAAAGCCCAAAUAUGUCAGCGCCUGUGAUGUCAUUGUGGAUAAGAGUGGUCCCCUCAGAGACUGCAAUGGUAGAGUGGACUCUGAUGAGUACAAAGAAGACUGCAUCUAUGACAUGAUCCUCAACAACGGCCUACUGACGGCAGCCUGUGACAUCAUCACCAACUAUGUGGAAGAGUGUCAGGAGAAAGGAGGGAAAAUUGAGGCCUGGAGGAGUAAAGACUUCUGCCACCUCCACUGUCCAGAGAACAGUGUCUACAGCCUCUCGGCCUCCGGGUGCCCGGCCACAUGCUACUCCAUGACCUCCGCCCCAGGAUGCACCACUCCUCCAGGGGAGGGCUGUCAAUGCAAACCUGGUUUCCUGAUGAGUGAUGACAAGUGUGUCCACGUGAAGAACUGUGGCUGUCACCACAAGGGUCGCUACUUUGUGAACGGCGAGGUCUUCUAUAAGGAGGAGAACUGCCACCACCGCUGCAGCUGUAACUCCGGCGAGAUGGCCUGUGAGGUGGCGCCCUGCGGUCCAAAGACCACGUGUGCGGUGGUGAAGGGGGUCAGGGGCUGUUACAUUAUCAGUAGCAAAGAUUCAAACAACAAGUCAUGGAUUGAAAAACUCCUUAACAAAUAUGGAAAACCUGUACAUAUCAAGUUUGGAGGCUAGAACAUUUUAAUUUUCAAAUAAGAUCUCAUGGAUCUAAAAUAUCCUUUAAAAACUUCCCUUUCAUGUCCAGGUUGUAGGCUAAAGCAUUUCAACAUAAAAUAGUAAAAUUACCUUCAAAUUACCUUCUGUAUGUGAUAACAUAUUCCCAACCAUAUAAUGUUGUGAGGGAUUAUGAGUACUCAUGCAUGGAAUUGUUAUUGAACUCUGUAUUCUUUAUAAUCCAAAUAUAAUCCCAUAAUUGUGAUCAGACUAUCUCUGUAUGCGUGUAUCUCUGUCUAUCCUUUACAACUUUCAAAAGUCUAAUAAUAAACAUAUAGCAGCAAAAUGA